AAUCAUUUUGAUAACGUAAAGAAAAGCAAAAUAACAAUAAUCAUAUUCCUCUCUUCAGAGUGUAGACAAAUAGACAAUCAAACGAAGUUUUAAUAUUUAAUUACACUUAUUACAGUUUUAAUACGAAAAUUUGCAAUGGAAGAAAUCGGUAUUGUUUUGCCAGAAAGGGAUGAUAGUCAAGACGCUAAACCUACUCUUCCUAAUUUAAAUAAUGUUGAGGCAUGUUUAGACAGUUUGGACCAUUAUUCUAGAUACAAGCGUUUACAAAGGUAUUUGGAAUUUUUGACCGUACAAGAAGAAUAUAUUAAAGAUGAACAACGCAAUUUAAAAAAAGAAUAUUUACACGCACAAGAAGAAGUAAAACGUAUUCAGAGUGUCCCACUUGUCAUUGGUCAAUUUUUAGAAGCAGUUGACCAAAAUACUGGUAUUGUUGGAAGUACUACUGGGUCAAAUUAUUAUGUACGUAUAUUAUCAACAAUCGACCGGGAAUUACUGAAACCAUCUGCUAGUGUUGCAUUGCAUAAACACAGUAAUGCUUUGGUUGAUGUAUUACCUCCAGAAGCAGAUUCUUCUAUAUCUAUGCUACAAGCCGAUGAAAAACCCGAUAUUCAAUAUGCUGAUAUUGGUGGAAUGGAUAUGCAAAAACAAGAAAUACGAGAAGCUGUUGAAUUACCACUUACACACUUCGAACUAUAUAAGCAAAUUGGUAUUGAUCCACCACGUGGUGUUUUAAUGUACGGACCACCAGGAUGUGGUAAAACUAUGUUGGCUAAAGCUGUGGCUCAUCAUACUACAGCCGCUUUUAUUCGUGUGGUUGGUUCAGAGUUUGUCCAAAAAUACUUAGGAGAAGGGCCACGUAUGGUACGUGAUGUCUUCCGUUUGGCUAAAGAAAAUUCACCUGCUAUAAUAUUUAUUGAUGAAAUUGAUGCAAUUGCAACUAAACGUUUUGAUGCACAAACGGGAGCUGACCGUGAAGUGCAGAGAAUAUUACUUGAACUUCUUAAUCAGAUGGAUGGCUUUGAUCAAACAACUAAUGUUAAAGUUAUAAUGGCUACUAACCGAGCUGAUACUUUAGAUCCAGCUUUAUUACGUCCUGGUCGUUUGGACCGAAAAAUUGAGUUUCCAUUGCCUGAUCGUAGACAAAAGCGUUUGGUAUUUUCAACGAUUACAGCCAAAAUGAAUCUCAGUGAAGAAGUUGAUUUAGAAGACUAUGUGGCCAGACCAGAUAGAAUUUCUGGAGCUGAUAUUAAUGCAAUUUGUCAAGAGGCUGGAAUGCAUGCAGUACGCGAAAAUCGUUACAUUGUUUUACCUAAAGAUUUUGAAAAAGGUUACAAAAAUAAUAUCAAAAAGGAUGAAUCAGAACACGAAUUCUACAAAUAAAUAUAUACCAAUAACAAUGAACCUGCUAUUUUAUUUAAUCCAGAUACAUUUUUUUUUCUAAUAAAAACAUGUUUGAGUAAAAUUAUUCCAUUAUCUAAUUUAUUAAUUACCUAUAUUAAGAGUAAUUAAUAUAAUUUCUAAAUUAAUUUCAAAAAUAUGUAUUUUUAUUUGUUUGUAAUAUUUCAAUUAGAAUAUAAUAUAAAUCUAUAACUAA